AAUGGACGGCAGUGCAACUCCAGGGCCAGGUCAAGCUCAUCUCAAGUCAAACAGUAUGAUCUACAUUUGUGGAGAAUGCCACGCCGAAAAUGAAAUCAAACCGAAAGACGCCAUUCGCUGCAGAGAAUGCGGAUAUCGUAUUCUAUACAAGAAAAGAUGCAGAAAGUUGAUGGUGUACGACGCCCGCUAAUGAACCUGGCUGAACCUGUAUCAUUUUGUUGAAUUUUAAAUUUCAUACUUGAUCUUCGUAUUUUUCUCAUUUCAUCACUUUCAAAAGCGAUGAAUUUUUCGAAUUUUAACCGUUAACAAUAAAUCGUCGUUCUGCUU